UACAUUCUUUAGAACCCCCUAAAGACACCAACACUUUCUGAAAUCUUCAUACAGAAUUUCUCUGUUGUUCUGUACAGGCCUGCCAAGAUACACAAUAACAGAUAAACUAAGACAUUUACUAAGACUCUGCUGGCUAUGUGGUCUCCUGUAACUCAGGAUGGACAAAGAACAGCUUCUCUUCACUUUAAAUGACCUGGAGAAAGAAGAGCUGAAGACAUUCCAGUGGUAUCUGAAAAAUGGCAUGGAAGGUUUCCCCUGUAUCCCAAAAUCUCAUCUGGAGAAUUCUAACAGACCUGACACUGUGGACAAGAUGGUGCAGCAAUAUGGCCAAGAUGGAGCUGCGGAGAUCACACAGCUCAUCCUGAAGAAGAUGCGCCACAACCAACAGGCUGAGGCCCUGAGGACCAAACACAGUGAAAAUAAAGCAGAAGCAGCUGUGGGAGGUCAAACUGGACCAGGCCAGAACAUCACAGCUCAAACUGGACCAUGCCAGAAUAUCACAGCUCAAACUGGAGGAGCUAUCAGUGCACCUGUUCUACAUGGAAAUGUGUUUCAAGGCCCUGUUAAUUUCUUCACUGGACACUAUAAACCUUACGGUGGAGACAAAUGUGAAGUUUCGACUGCUAAGAGUCCAGCAGGUGGAGGAAAAAGUGAUCUCAGUAGUAGGAGAAUGAAAAUAAAAUAUAAGGAAAAAUAUGAGAAGUUGUAUGAGGAGGCUACAAUAGAAUGUGAUCGUGUGCCUAUAAAAGACACUUACACUGAAGUUUACAUGAUCAAAGGAUGCACAGGAGGAGUGAACACAAAGCAUGAAGUGAGACAGGUGGAGGACUUUUACCCCAAAACAGAAGAAACACCAAUCACACUCAGUGACCUCUUCAAAAUGCAGUCUACUGAAAACAAGCAUGGUACUAAAGUCCUGACAUUGGGAAUAGCUGGAGUGGGAAAAACAGUCUCUGUGCACAAGUUCAUUCUUGACUGGGCUGAAGAGAAGUGCAACCAGGACAUAAAUUUCAUCAUGUACCUCCCAUUUCGAGAGCUGAACUUGAUCAAGGAUGAAAAGUACAGCCUCUCAAAACUACUUCUUUACUUCCAUCAAGAACUCCAUUCUGGAGAUGAAAAGGAGAUAUUAAAUGAAAAACUUCGGCUGCUUUUCAUACUGGAUGGACUGGAUGAAAGUAGAAUUCCUCUAGAUCUUCAUCAGAAGAAGGUAUCUAAUGUGAAUGAGAAGACUACUCUUGAUAAACUAAUAACAAACCUCAUAAAUGGAGAACUGCUUCCUUCUGCUCUUCUCUGGAUCACUUCACGACCUGCAGCAGUCAGUAAGAUAAAUUACCAAUACUUUAACUCUGUUACAGAAAUCCGUGGAUUCAAUGACCAGCAGAAGGAGGAGUACUUCAGGAAGAGAAUCAGAGAUGAAGAUCAAGCAACCACAAUUCUCUUACACAUUAAGACUGCAAGAAGCCUUCAUAUCUUGUGUCACAUACCCGUCUUCUGCAGGAUCGCAGCCACCGUGCUUCAGAAAAUGCUGAAGGAUGGUAUAGACUUGAAAAAUGCUCCCAAAACUCUGACAGAAAUGUACCUACGUUUCCUGAUGUUUCUCACAGAGCAAAUGACUGAGAAAUACAGCACAAAGCAAAACACUGACAAUACAGUUCCAUCCGAGACAAAAAGAGCAGAGGUGCUGGGUAUCAUGCAGCUUGGCAAGUUAGCUUUUCUUCAGCUACAAAAAGGACAGCUGCUGUUCUAUGAGAAAGAUCUGAAAAAGUGUGGCAUUGAUUUCCAAGAGGCUUUAGUGUACUCUGGAAUUUGUACACAAAUUUUUAAACAGGAGGGGAAGAUCUUCAGCUUUGUGCAUUUAAGCUUCCAGGAGUUUCUUGCUGCUGUAUUUGUGUUCCUAACAUUCAGGGAUGAAGGCAACCCACUCCUUAAAACCCCACUGGAGAAAAUUAAGUGGAUGAUAAAACACAGACUGUGUGAUCUGCUUGAGACAGCAGUAGAUAAAGCCAUGAGUAGUGAAAAUGGACACCUGGACCUUUUCCUCCGUUUCCUCUUCGGCCUCUCACUGGAGUCCAAUCAGAGGCUCCUGAGGAGUCUACACCCAGAACUGGACAUCAAAGAAGAGAGUUUAGAGCAGAAUGUGAACUACAUCAAGAAAACCAUCAAGAGAACAAAAUCCUUUGAAGAGACUAUCAAUCUAUUCCACUGCUUGAGUGAAAUGAAAGACAACUCUCUGAUAAGUGAAAUACAGACCUCCCUGAACUCAGGGGACCUCUCAACACAGACACUCUCAUCUGUACAGUGUUCAGCUCUGGUGUUUGUGCUGCUGAUGUCAGAGGAGAUUCAAGAGAAAUUUGAGCUGAAGAAAUUCAGGCCAUCAGAUAAAGGACUGAGGGAAUUAUUUCCAGUAUUGAAAAACACCAGGCGAGCUCUACUAUCUGGCUGUGGUCUCAAUGAAGAGUCUUGCAAAUCUCUCACAUCAGUUCUACAAACAGAAAACUCACUGAGAGAGCUGGAGAUGAAUAAUAAUGACCUGCAGAAUUCAGGAGUGGAGCAGCUCUGUGCUGGACUGAAGAGUUCACACUGUAAACUGGAGAUUCUCAGACUAUCUGGCUGUGGUCUCACCGAAGAGUCUUGCAAAUCUCUCACAUCAGUUCUACAAACAGAAAACUCACUGAGAGAGCUGGAGAUGAAUAAUAAUGACCUGCAGAAUUCAGGAGUGGAGCAGCUCUGUGCUGGACUGAAGAGUUCACACUGUAAACUGGAGAUUCUCAGACUAUCUGGCUGUGGUCUCACCGAAGAGUCUUGCAAAUCUCUCACAUCAGUUCUACAAACAGAAAACUCACUGAGAGAGCUGGAGAUGAAUAAUAAUGACCUGCAGAAUUCAGGAGUGGAGCAGCUCUGUGCUGGACUGAAGAGUUCACACUGUAAACUGGAGAUUCUCAGACUGUCUGGUUGUUUGGUCACAGAGGAAGGCUGUUCUUCUCUGGCUUCAGCUCUGAGGUCAAACCCCUCCCACCUGAAAGAACUGGACCUGACGUACAACCACCCAGGAGAGUCAGGAGUGAAGGUGCUCUCUGCUAGACUGGAGGAUCCCCACUGCAGACUGGACACUCUCAGGGUGGAGCACGCAGGGGAGAUCAGAAUCAAACCAGGACUAAGCAAAUAUGCGUGUGAUCUCACACUGGACCCAAACACAGCACACACACGUCUCUUUCUGUCUGAGGGGAACAGAAAGGUGACGUGUGUGGAGCAGCAGCAGUCGUAUCCUGAUCAUCCAGAGAGAUUUGAUGUCUGGGAGCAGGUGGUGUGUAGAGAGAGUCUGACUGGACACUGUUACUGGGAGGUUGAGUGGAGUGGGAGGGCUGGUUUAUCAGUGACAUAUAAAGGAAUCAGGAGGAAAGGAGACAAUGAUGACUGUGUGUUUGGAUUCAAUGUAAAGUCCUGGAGGCUGAACUGCUCUGAUAACAGUUACACUGUCUGGCACAAUAAGAAGUUCACUGUCAUCUCUGCCCCCUCCAGCUGCAACAGGGUAGGAGUGUAUCUGGACUGGCCCGCUGGCACUCUGUCCUUCUACAGCGUCUCCUCUCACACACACACACACACACACUUACACACACUCCACUCCACAUUCACUGAGCCCCUCUAUGUGGGGUUUUGGGUUUAUUAUAACUCCUCAGUGUGUGUGUGUGAGGUAGAAUAGCCUCCUGUGUCCUGGAGGAACACCUGAGUCUGCAGGGAAACA